AUGGAUAGUAGCGAUAUCUUUUCCAAGAUAUGGCCAAAAGCAGCAGCCGCCGCCGAACGAUUAUGGAGUGAUGCUUCAGUUGAUGAUGUCGAUGAAGUAGUACCCAGAUUAGAACGUUUCAGAUGUCACAUGAUCUAUCGAGGCAUUGAGUCUGCGCCACUCAAUUCAACAUCACCAAAUGGUCCUGGUCCUUAUGAAUUUAAAAAGUCUAAUCAUUUUGUUAAUGAAGCAAAACAAUCUAAAUUUAUUAAGAUUAAUUCAAAUAUUUCAGAGAAACAACAAGACAGUCAACCAGUAACAGAUGAACAACAAUUUUUAUUGAGAUCUAUUGAAUCAUAUCCUACAAUAUACACUUUUUAUAAUAACCUUGCAUUAACUAUUUCAAAUGGUGAAUCGGUGACACUUCUUAAUGGACAAUCAAUGACACAACAACAACUAUACCUGAAAGCCAUUGAUUGCAAUCCAACCAAUUAUAUUUCAUACAAUAAUCUAGCACAAUCUCUCAGGAGAAAAGAAUCAAUCACUCUUAAUAAUGGACAAUCAAUGAAACAACAACAACUAUACCUGAAAGCCAUUGAUUGCGAUCCAACCAAUUAUAUUUCAUACAAUAAUCUAGCACAAUCUCUCAUGAGAAAAGAAUCAAUCACUCUUAAUAAUGGCCAAUCAAUGACAAAACAUCAACUAUUUUUGAAAGCAAUAGAAUGUGAUCCAACCAACGCCAGUUCAUUCUUUAACCUUGCCCUUACUCUUACAAAUGGUGAAUCAAUCACUCUUAAUAAUGGCCAAUCAAUGACAAAACAACAACUAUUUUUGAAGGCAAUAGAAUGUGAUCCGAGGCAUUCAAAUGCUUUUUUUCAACUUGGAUAUACACUACACACCUGUGUAUCCAAGGGUGAAUCAAUCACACUUAAUAAUGGACAAUCAAUGACAUUACAACAACUAUACUUGAAAGCAAUAGAGUGUGAUCCAACCAAUUGGUUAGCAUAUUUUAACCUUUCAUUAACUCUUCCACAAUAUUCUUACGUAUCUAUUAAACUUAAUAAUGGAAAGUCUAAGACUCGUUUAAGACUAUUAUUGAAAGUAAUAGAUUUAAAUCCAAAUUAUUCCAAUGCAUAUUUCUUAUUAGGAGAUCUACUAAAAUAUAGAAGAGAUAGUCGCGCGAUAACUCUUAAAAAUGGUAUACGAAUAAAUUCACGUGGUCUAUUUAUAAAGGCAAUAAUGUGUGAUCCAUCAAACUAUCUUGCAUAUGUAAAGAUCAUAUAUAUCAAAGCAAUUCAAAUUGACCCAAAUAGAUAUAUUGCAUAUUUUGGAUUAGCAUGCAAUAUGAAAUUAAAAGAAACAAUUACACUCAACAAUGGUGCUAUAAUGACAAAACAACAAUUAUUAUUGGAGGCAAACAGAUUAAAUAAUACAAUCACAAUAAAAGGUGGAAGUUGA